GACAUUCAGAUUAGUACCAGAAGCCUAAUCCCUUUGACACCAAUCUGGAGAUUGGAAAGGUAGUGUUAAAAUGCAAACGAAGAAAAGAGUAUCAGGAAGAAAUGCUUCUCGAGGGCCUUCCAGUCCUUUCACUUCAAGAUCUCAAAAGAAGAUUUCUGAAAAUGCACAAGUUUCGAAGAAGAAAAUGAAAGAGCUAAUUACAUCUUCAGCUAGAAAGCAGAGAGCUGCUGAAGAUGUUCUUGUGGACUGUAAGGUAAACUGUCUAUCUAUGAACUUCUGGGAACCCAGCUCUGGGUUCCAUCAACCCAGGGUUGGGUUCGGUGGAACCCAGCACUGGGUUCCAGCGAACCUAGAUCCUGGGUUCGGUGGAACCCAACUCUGGGUUCGCUGGAACCCAGUGCUAGGUUCCACCGAACCCAGAUCUAGGUUCGUUGGAACCCAACUCUGGGUUCCAUCGAACCCAGCCCUGGGUUCGUUGGAACCCAGAGCUGGGUUCCCUCGCUGGGUUCCCUCGAACCCAAGGCUAGAUGGUGCACUGGAUCAAACAGAAAGUAGCAGGCUGGAUGGUCAAACCACUCGAGAAGUUCUAAAAUCCAAUUCUGAAGAAAAGAUCCUUGCACUGGAUGCAAGUGCUGUGAAUCCUUAUUGUAAUGCUGAUUCAGAUGGAGUUACUCUUUCAUUUGAAGUCUCAGCCAAAUAUCUUGCCAUGAAAAACUCAAAGCUGGAAUGUGUUGAUGAGCACAGUCAAGAUCCUAUGUCAACUGAUGUUCGUGCGGAGGAUGAAUAAUGUGAGGAGUUUGAUGACUUUGAUCCAUAUUUAUUUAUAAAGAACUUGCCAGAUUUAUCAUCUGUUGUCCCAACUUUUCGCCCUUUUCUGCUGCCUAAACAGACCAGGAGUUGCCCUACUACCACUCUUGUAUUGGAUUUGGAUGGUAAGAAUAUUUGGAUGAUUAUUAUUAUAUAUGUUUUUAUUCUAUGCUUAUAGACGAGUCCAUAGAAAUAUUAUUAAACAUGGUCAUCAUUC